AUGUUAGCAACGGCAGAGCAAAAGGGCUAGAAAAAUGACAGUCAGAAAAAGUGCCCACAUCGUGAUCUCAUUCAUGACAACCCUUGCAAGCAUCCGUACGACAAGUCCCGGAGUCAGCUAAAUAUAGUCCCCUAGAGAGGGGCCAACGUUUUCAGCGCACAAGAAUGUCCUCACUGUGGUCCACGUGGCCACUGGCCACCGCCAUCAUCUGCAUUCUGGCCAUCGCAGCGGCCGCCCAGGUGCUGGACAAAUCAACGACGCUGGCCGGACCUGGACAUCAGACGGACACGUCCAAACGGGCUUCGGCCCACAUCGCCGGGGAUUUCAUCAUCGGUGUGCUGUUCUCGAUGCACCAACAGCCCCGGCAGAAGCGAACCGGCCCGAAUCACUUCCUGGCGUGUGGUGAGAUCCGCGAAACAUACGGCAUCCAGCGCUCGGAAGUGACGUUCAAAACCAUCGACGAAAUCAAUCAAAAUCCUUCGCUUCUGCCGAACAUUACACUGGGCGUCGAAAUCCGCGACUCGUGCUGGUACGCCCCGGUGGCCCUCCAGCAGAGCAUCGAACUCAUCCGGGACUCGAUAUCCCCACCGUCCGGAUCUACGGUGGCCACUCCGAGGAAAGAUCUCAAAAGCAACGGUACGAUGAACGUUCGGAACAACUUGCUACCGGACGACACCUGUUUGGCCGUGAACCAAAACAUAACCUCAAAGUAUGGGAAACCCGUCAGCAAGUACCGGUCAACGUUGAUUGGGGUCAUCGGACCGGGGUCCAGUUCGGUGGCACUACAGGUCCAGAAUCUGCUCCAGCUGUUUGCCAUCCCCCAGAUCGGUUACUCCACCACCUCGAAAGAUCUCUCCGAUAAGGCACGGUACAGCAGCUUUAUGCGGGUUGUUCCGUCCGAUUACUACCAGGCCCAGGUGAUGGUCGACCUGGUGCGCCAGUUCAACUGGACCUACGUGUCGGCCAUUAACACCGACGAAAAUUAUGGCCAGUCGGGAAUUCAGGCGUUUCGCGAGUUGGCGGAAAAGUAUGGCGUUUGCAUAGCGAGGGAAGAUUCGAUUCUCAGCAACGCCGAAGACGAGUCCUUCUCGGACGUGCUGCGGAACAUCCAGCAGGACCCGAACGCCAACGUGGUGGUGUGCUUUUGCGAGGGCAUGACCGUGCGGGGUUUGUUGCGAGCGCUGGAACGACUCAACCUGACGGAUCGCUUCCUGCUGAUCGGCAGCGACGGCUGGGCGGACCGUGCCGAUGUGGUCCAAAACUACGAACGGCAGGCACUCGGUUCGAUGUCCAUCCGCAUUCACAGUCCGUACGUAAAGUCCUUCGACAAGUACUACUUCUCGCUGAACCCGUUCACCAACAAACGCAACCCGUGGUUUCAGGAAUUUUGGGAGACCAAAUUCAACUGCCGUCUACCAACCAACGAAGCUGAUCUGGACAAGCACCAGCAACACCGACCGGAAGGGGUCCCCGCCGAGGAGAAACCGUUUUGUACAGGCACCGAGAAACUAUCCGAGCGCUACAAGCAGGAGCCCAAGAUGAGCUUCGUCAUCAAGGCAAUCUACACGAUGGCGUACGCCCUGCACGCCCUCCAGCAGGACGCCUGCGGCCGCAACUCCGUCGGCAUCUGUCCGGCCAUGUUCCCGUUUAACGGGACGCAGUUUUUCAAUUACCUGAUGAACGUUUCCUUCACCUACGAGCCCGGUGACAUUGUGGAGUUUGACAAUAGGGGCGAUCCGCCCGGAAGAUACGACAUCAUGAACUACCAGCUGCUGGAGGACGGCACCUACGACUACGUCCAGGUUGGCGAGUGGAACAACGGGUCGCUAAACUUUUUCCGCGACCUGCAGGAGUCGUCGACCGGUCCCGUCGAAUCGGUGUGCUCCAAGCCGUGUCUGCCCGGAUUUUACAAGAAUCUACAAACCGGUGGCUCGGAGAAGCAGUGCUGCUGGGUUUGUGUCCCCUGCGAAAGGCACCAGAUACUGUACAACGCAACGCACUGCCGGAACUGUGACCUGGGCUACUGGCCGGAUCAGUCAAAAACAGAAUGCCUCCAAAUCCCGAUCGAGCACAUGCAGUGGGCGGACACCGAAGCGAUCGUUGCGAUGACCUUCUCCAUCCUCGGAUUCAUCUCCACCGGGCUGGUCUUCGGGGUGUUCAUCCGCCACAACGACACUCCAGUGGUGAAAUCCUCAACCCGCGAGCUGUGCUACCUCAUCCUCGUCGGCAUGAUCAUUUCGCACAGUUCGAUCUUUGCGAUCCUCGCCAAACCGUCGACCUUUUCUUGCCUGAUCAGCCGAACGCUGCCGGGGAUCUCCUUCGCCAUGAUCUACGCCUCGCUGCUGGUCAAGACGAACCGGAUCGCGCGGAUUCUGGCCGGAUCGAAGAAACGGUUUCCCACCAAGAAGCCGCGCUUCAUGUCGGCGGCGGCGCAGUUGGUGAUUACUGGGUUGCUGAUUUCGGUUGAGGUCGCGAUUGCGGUGUUUAUGCUGCUGCUGGAACCGCCUAAUACGGAACAUCAGUAUCCGACCAGGCAGCGGACCGUGCUGGCGUGUAAUACGACUCGGGUGGGGAUUUUGGUUCCGCUGGCGUUCAUCUUUCUGCUGAUCAUACUGUGCACGUUGUACGCGUGGAAGACGAGAAACGUCCCGGAAAACUUCAACGAGGCCAAGUUCAUCGGUUUCGCCAUGUACACCACGUGCGUGAUUUGGGUAGCCUUUGUACCAAUCUACUUUGGUUCCGAGUCCAAGAUCAUCACCAUGUGCGUCUGCAUCUCCUUGUCGGCCAUGGUCACACUACUGUUCCUGUUUCUACCAAAACUGUACAUUAUCCUAAUCCGCCCAGAGAAGAACAUCCGGGCACUGUUCACCACUUCCAAGACCAUUCGGUGCCACAUUGGAUCCCGCGUGGCUUCCGCAAUCUCUCACAAAACCAACUCUUCCUACUCCAGCGGACCGGGACCACCGGAAGACUUUGGAGACUACAGCUUUGACACACCCAAGCCCAUCAUCCGAUCGGCGUCCUGCCAAACCUCGCUGGAACUGCUCAACAAACUGCUCGAAAUGCACCUCGGGUGUGAUACGGAUCGACCAACGGAACAUCCGACCCCGUCCCCUCGACAACGGAACAUCUCCUCCAAGCUGAAACAGGUUCGCUACAGUCUCUCACCGAUCAAGGCUCCCACUAAGAAGAACCUCAAACCGGACAAGCACCUGCUGGUUCCGGAAGGUGACCUCCUGAACAACAACAACAACAAUAACAACGUCACCCGAAGUGACACGACGGUCCGGUUCGACUUUUCCCGGAAGGCGUCGAUCGGCGAUCCGUCAGAGUACCCGGAAACGGCCACAAUCCGCGAGACCUGCUACCACUGCUCGCAGCUGGACUCGAUCCGGUACAAGUACGACCUGAUGGACGGUGCUCCUUGCGGGGUCAACAGCGAAGAUGACCCGCUACAGUCCGGGGAGCAACCGAACGGCGUCUACCUGAUCCACUCUAGUCAGCUGAGCAACGGAAGUGCCAAAGGGUAUGGAGGCAAGUACGCCAAAACGAUGAUCAGCGAAGAGAGCCUGUCGGAGUGCUCGAUCAGCACGCUGUCGGAGUCGUGCGACUGCAAGUUCAAAAGCAUCACGAUCAAGCUGCCAAAGCCGACGACGGCGGGGAACGGAACGGGACAGCAGGUCAUCUAUUUCUAGUCUAGUCUAGUUUGUUAUAACGCAUUUGAUGUUUUAAUAAGUAGUGAAUUUCUAUAAAGAGCGAAUAUCAAUGAUAAAGUUUCUAAUUGUGAUUGAUAGAUUUAACUGUAAACGGAUGAGAUUAAUCAACGUUAUGCGAUGACACAUUUUAUACUAAACCUCUGUCAAUAAAACUGUA